AUGAAGGUCGACAGGGAAAUGGAGAUUCUGCUCAACGAGAUCCCCCUCCUCCACCACGGUGGCCUCCUCGGCGGCAGCGAGGCCGCCGGCGCGGACGACGACGCCGACCUCUCUUUCCUCAUCCACGAACUCGCCGCGAUGGGCGUCGUCGACGGCGAUGACGAGCCGCCGUCGGCGCCGGGCGAUGCCAACGGCGGCUUCGGCUUCGGCUUCUCCGGCAUGAUUUACCCCAAGAAAGGCGGCGAGAAUCUGGUCGCCCUGCACCCGUUCUCCAUGGCCAGCCACUGCGCGCACAUGCCGUCUCUGUUUGAUCUCGUCACCUUCGACGCCGCCGCCGCUGCCGCCGACGGCUGGGACAUCCGGUGCUCCCCGCCGCCUUCUGUUUCUGUGCCGCCGCCACCCGCCACGCCGAGGCCCCGGUGCAAGAUCGUGAGGAGGAAGAACGGCGGCUGCGGCGCGGUGACGACGACGAGCCCCAAGAAGUGCGGAGCAGCGGCGGCGGCCAACAAGUCGCACGGCGAGAGCCUGGCCGGCCUGCGCGGGGUCAUGUCCCACAUCGCGCGCGACCAGCACGGGUGCCGGCUGCUGCAGCAGGGGCUCGACCACGGCAAGCGCGAGGUCGACCAUAUCUUCGCCGGCGUGUCGCGCCACGCCGCGCAGCUGAUGGUGGACCCGUUCGGGAACUACCUCAUGCAGAAGCUGCUCGCCGUCUGCGACGCCGGGCAGAGGAUGGCGCUCGUGCUCACCCUCACCGCUGACGCCUUCGUGCUCGUCAGGAUAUCCCUCAACGUCCAUGGGACACGGGCAGUGCAGAAGCUGAUUGAGAGCCUCAGGACAAGGGAAGAGAUUAGUCUUGUCAUCGACGCUCUGCGCCCCGGGUUCUUGGAGCUCAUCAAGGAUCCCAAUGGCAAUCAUGUCGUGCAAAAGUGUUUGCAGUCGUUUGAAGCCGAUGAUAACAAGGCGAUCUUUGAUGCUGCUGCACUUCACUGUCUCGAUAUCGGGAUGCAGUGCCACGGUUGCUGUGUCCUACAGCGGUGCAUUGCACGGUCGCGUGGUGAGCACAGGGACAAGCUGGUUGCUGCCAUUGCUUGCAAUGGAUUUAAACUUGCCCAAGAUGCAUAUGGGAACUAUGUUGUCCAAUAUGUAAUAGACUUGAAGAUACCAAAUGCAAAUUCAAGUCUUGCACAACAGUUUGAAGGCAAGUAUAUCCACCUGUCCAUGCAGAAGUUCAGUAGCAAUGUGGUUGAGAAAUGCCUGAAAGUCUUCAAGGAGGUUGACAAGGCCAAGAUCAUACUGGAAAUCCUUGCCACGCCACACUUGGAGCAAUUGCUUCAGCACCCCUAUGCAAACUAUGUCAUUUACUCUGCUCUCCAGAAUUCCAAGGGUUCACUUCAUUCUGCACUGACAAAUGCAAUCCGACCUCAUGUGGAACUACUUAGGACCAGUCCAUACUGCAAGAGGAUAUACUCUCGAGCUUUGCUGAAGAAAUGA